AAGAAAACUAACGAGGAGGCUAUUGCUCCUCUGUGAUGAUGAUCAGUCCCUUCUCCAGGCUUGAGUAUCCUGGGAAAACUCAGGCUUUUGGGAGUUACCGUCAGGCUCAUUUGCAUCUAGGACCAUCAAUAAUCAUGCCUCCUCGCAGGUGGACCAUCCAGAUUAUUGCAAAAAUAAAAUACCCGCAGCUUAGAGGCAGAUAUCACGACCCGAGAAGUUCCCGCGACAAGAAAGCAGCAUGGAAGAUGAUUCAAUUGGGGAGGAGUGACAGGGAGGAGAUUGAAGGAGAAGAAGCAGUGAAGGAGAAGUCAAGCGCAAAGCGAGGCAGUCACCACCACGCGCUAAACCAAACCGGGAGACCUCCCCCCCCAUCACUGUUCUUCCUGUUGACUGAACGUUGCAGCGCGACUGUAAUUAUUCUUCUUGUUUCCUACGCCUCCAAAAGGAGCACCAGGCUUGGUUUCCCCACACAUUGUCAGGGCUAUCUCGGCCACUAGCCCGUACUGCCAUCGACACACCGACCUUCCAGCCCGUCUUGGCCAAUAGGAGCGGUUCCUGCCCCAUCUAGAGCGGUGAUAACACAUUUGAGCGUCUUCGUUGCGAGAGACGCGACGUGGGGGUUUGUUGAUAGGACUGCACUAUUGGAAACGUUUGUUGAGUGGUACGAG